CUGCUGCUCCCCGCGGGCGACGCACACACCGCCUGGGCAUCGCGUCCGCCCGCCUCUGUGGACCAGGGAACUGGAGCCGGUGCGGGUGCGGCCGCCAGCGCGACGCCGCAAGAUGACUGCGGGCCGACGCCACAGCAUCGCCGCCUCGCCUGCGCCUGCGAGCGUCGCGACGCCCCACCCGGCAAGCGGACUGCCUCUGCGCCCCUUGUGUAGCGAGCUGCACGGCGACUCGAACGUUUAGGAACGAUGCCCGCUACCGUGUGUCCAUUCUGCCUUGCCUUCUUCGCCACCGGCGUCGGCUAAGUGAGCUGAACACUUUUUUUUUUACUUUUUUUUUCGUUGGUACUUGUCGUGUGACACAUCAGGAGCGAGGUAAAUACUUUCUCUGCGCAAUUUUCAUACAAAACCGCUAACGUACCAUCCAAAGAAAGGGUAAAUUUACGCACUUUACAUAUUUUGUAUUAUAAAAUAUAUAAAUACAAAUAUAUAUAUAUAUAUAUGUAUACAUCUAUAAAUUUGUGAAAUAUUAGUAUCGGUGUUUAAUAUAUCGUUGUGGUAAAUGUUUCAAAUUUUGUGUGAUAUAUUCUUCGUGACAAAACGUACAAGAUAUACUUCUCUAUUUUUCCGCAUAAACGUCAGAUCGGUGACCUAAAGCUCCGUUAGGUGCAGUUCACAAUCGACUAGCGGAGCUACUUUCUGGAGUUUAGAGGGUCACUUGUGUCUAUUUUUAAAGAGGGGGAAAAAUAAAGUAUUUAUUUGACGUCGUAGUGUCUAGAGAAUUUGUGUCCGGAAUAUUUUGUUAAGAGGUUUACUGCCAAAGUAGACGUCGUCUCGCGACUAUAUUUUUCGGAGACCGACCCGACAGGACACGCGUUUCCGACGUAGUGAGAAGGGGGAACUCGGUAGUCUUCCCCAGGAGAUGGCUUCACCGCAGGGCCGCAAAUCACUGCUGUCGCUCGGCAACUGGACGAACUUCAUGGGCAGGGACGGCCACAACAACAAUAACAACAACAACACCAACCACCACCAGCACCACGGCGUGAACAACAACAACAACGGCGGCGGCGGGGUGCGCAACGAGCGCAGCGGCAGCUCGUCGAGCCGCGACUUCUGGAGCCGCGUGUCUCAGCAGAUGUCGUACAUCGACGGCAGCACGCGCAGCAACUCCAUCCUGAGCACGGGCAGCGGCUACCAGCCGCAGGCGCUGCCGCCGCCGCUGCCGCCCCCGCACACCCACCCCGCCGGCGCGCCGCACCACCAGCAACAGUCGUACGGAGGGGGCAGCACGACGAGUGGAGGCUGCUCGCCGCCCGAGUCGCGCGCCGGGGGCUCCAUCUACGAGAACUACUACCAGUACGCUGACAUCGAGGACGAAGAGGAGGAGGAGGAGGAGGAGGAGGACGGGGUGGGCGGGCGCAGCGAGGAGGCGCUCGAGCUGCAGCCGCUGAGCCGCGCCGCUACCUGCGCCUCGGUGCUGGCCGCCGGCUCCGCCUCCGCCUCCGCGUCGGCCGACUCGGCCAGCGUGCGCGGCGCGGGGGCGGGCUGCGACGGCGCGCGCCACCACCAGCACCACCAGCAGCACCAGCGGCCGCGGCCCGGCCGCCUGCGCAGGGUGCCCACAGUACUCAGCGCCACAGACCGCCGCCGCUCCACGCUAGAAUACUACAAAUGGAAACUGGGACUCUCAAGGAACUCGUUCUGCACGGCGUUCGUAGAUGGAGAGCGCGUUCUCACGCAGGCGCCGCCGCGCAAGGCGAGCAGCUGGGAGGAGGGGGCGGCGCUGCAGCGGCGGCGCUCUGUGAUGCUGAUGACCGCCGCUGCGGGCGCUGCCAGCGCGGCGUCCGGCGUCAACAACUCCAACCCGGGCGUCGCGGCGGCGCUGCUGGCGGCCGGCGUCGACCCCAUAGACAAGCGCGACCUGCGCUACUACUUCCAGCACCCCUACCCGCGCCUCUUCGUCACUUACUUCGUCAUCUUCUGCAACUUCCUGAUCUUCGCCGAGGACCCCAUUUCUCAUAGCCACACUGAGUCGACUAUCCCUAUCGUGGGCAACGUGUUCAGCUUCGUGUUGACCAAGUACCCACCGGAGUGGCGAUGGUCGCUCAUCAAGGUGCUGAUGUGGCUGCUGGCCAUCCUGUGCGGCAUGAUAGUAGGCAAGCUGCUGAUCCACGGCUACCUGUGCGGCACGCUGCUCCGCCUCAAGAUGUUCCGCGACGACCAGGGCUCCUGGAUGACGAUGUUCCUGACGGUGAUCGUGUCGCUGUACGUGUUCUCGCACGGCUACAACCUGCUGCUGGCGCUCUGGUACGACAACUGCCUGCUGCACAUCAACAGCGACAUGGGCGUCACCAACGCCAGCGUGAUGAAGGCGGCGGCGUGCGGCACGUGGCUGGGCGACCUGAUCACGGCGCUGAUGGUGACGGACAUGAUGCUGCAGGACAACCUGUACCCGCAGUGGGCGCGGCGCGCGCGCGCCGUCUGGCGCCGCUCCAACGUGCCGCGCAUCCUGCUCUUCUGGGUCGGCUCCGUCGUCGCCACCGCCGUCGUCGUCACGCUCAUCGUCAGCGACUGGAUCAGCUGGGACCACCUCAACCAAGACUUCCUCUCCACCACCGAGCUUUCACGUGCAUUUCUGGCUUCUUUCAUCCUAGUCAUGGACUUACUGAUUGUCAUGCAAGACUGGGACUUCCCACAUUUCACAACAACAUUGCACGUCAACCUUCCAGGUUUCAGUGUAGCUACACUGCAAUGGAAGUACGCAGAAGUAGACAUAACAGGAAAAUGGUUCAACUAUGGCAUAAUUUUUCUUGUCAUGUUGCUGGACCUGAAUAUGUGGAAAAACCAAAUAUUUUAUGAUCCAAAGGACUUCGGCCAGUACACAGGACCUGAUGACAAAGUACGCACAGUGAAUGAACCAGAAAUAUUAUCAACAGGCAACAGUUCACUCUGGACAUGGGAGUAUAGGUCUCAAAUCAAUCCACAAACUGGUCUUCCGUUUUAUGAAGAGGACAUGCAGAUGAAUUCACGAUACAUGAACUACCCCUUGUCAGUGAAGUGGACUGCAUUUAUACCAUCAGGAAUUGGUUUAAUACUGUUUGUUUCUCUCGUGUCUCUUUAUGGAAGAUUCCCAUCAAACCAGGAUCCUGUUGGGGCCAUGUUUCGAAGUCUAACCACGCUUCGGCAAGGAUUUACCCUUCAGGGCAUUGGGGUUCAUACAUUGUUGGAGCGUUCACGGGUGGAGCAGCACAAGGAUCCUGGCUUCCGGUAACCUCUGCUCUGUUGGUUGUGGAACAGUAAACAUUGCAACACUAGAUGAAUCUCUUUUUGUAUAUAAAUGUGUUGCAAACUCUUUAAUUUCUUUGUGUAGAAGCUUGUUUUUAAAAAUAGUUUGAUUGUUAUAUUUUUAUACAUGGAUUGUAUAUCAAUAUAAGUGGAAAUAUUGGUGAUGCCUCCUCUAAUUUGUAAAGAAUUGAUGUACUGUCACUCUGUAUCGUACCUCUUCUUCUCUGGUGUAAAACAUGAACAUUAAAUUGCAUCCUCUACAGUAAAGCAAAUGAAUUUAAAUGUUGGCAUUUGUUUACAGGAUAUUCAUUUUGAUGCAUUAUAAGUU